UUGACCUGUACCAAGGAGAAAUGGCUCUGAUCAUUAUGGGCAGUGCAGUGGUUCUUCCCCCUGGAAAUAACUUGUACAGCCUAACCUUAUGAGUUGGCUCAUACUGUACAUUAGAGGGUUUCUACCCCUUAAUAUGAAAAACUGUACAUGUGCCAUUGUUGUCAAAAACCUAAACUUACAUCGUGGAUGUCACACAUCUGUGUCCAGGUGAAAACAUGCUGAGGGGGUGGGUAGACAGUGUUCAGUUUCCUCUCUCCAUCAACGAAAGACAUCAACUGAAACAGUAAGGAGCGAAGGGAAUUGGAUUAUGCACAUUUCUGAUAAUCUGUACGAUGUAGCUAUGUGUGGGUAGACUCAUCUUACGUUUUUGAAAUAAGGCUUUCCAAACUCAGAGACCAAACUCUUUCGCCAACUCUCCCCAAAUUCAUCCGGUGUGUUACUUGCGCACAGUUUCUCCAACGCUGCUUGCUUGUUUUUGGCGAUUCGGGCCAGCAGUUCUGGACACACUGGAGAAGAGGAUGACUCCGUCGUUCCGUUGCCUGAUCGCUUCAGCUUCUUCACCCGUCCAACCUUGGUAUAUUGAGCAAAAUGCAAGGUUGGUGAAACACGUGUGGCUGUUAAUGGUGCAGUUAAAAAAAUUAUUGGAGAACGUCGCAAAUAUGGUACAUUCAUUGCAAGCAUUUUAGCUAGCUAGCAACAUGUUCUAAAUCUGCUACGAAACUUGAGCAAAUUUCCUAAACACUGACGCCAGUGACGCCACCCCCUGUGAUCGCUGAUGGUAAAGAUAUCGCGGGAUUUGUGUGUUACGGUCAAAGAUGGUUAAGACUACUGGUUUGAAACCAAUGUUGUAUGGUCUUUUCAAUGUUAUCACAUAAAAUAUAACAAUUGAAUCAAUGAUUUUGUUAGUUAGCAAGCAGAUUAUUGUAAUAACAGCGUCAAGACAACAAGAGCAAGAAGGUGGCUGAUGGAUACAUUUGUGAGUCAAACCAGGAAGCGCUAUAUUGAUGGGACAACAGAUGAACAGAGAGAACCUGUGUGGAAAAAAUGUAAAGAGGAAGAAUGCAAUCAGGGGAUUGUAAAGGAGGAUGCCUAUUUGACUGAGUUCUCUAAGUCUUGGCAGAAGAUUGAAGCAGAGGGACUGGACUGUGACUAUGCUCUACUCUUUCCUAAAGAGGAAGCAGACUGCCUCUACACACAGCUGGAGGAGGAGGUAGUCUACCUCACAGGAGAUAAAACAAAGAUUCAGGUGUUUGGGAAGGUCUACAAUGUCCCCAGAAAGCAGGCGACUUGUGGGGACGCAGGACUAACCUACACCUAUUCUGGAGUGAGUCUUCAGGCUAGCCCGUGGACUCCAACCUUGGAGUACAUUCGUGAUGCUGUUACAAAGGCAACAGGGCAAACCUUCAACUUCGUCCUGAUUAACAGGUACAAAGAUGGACACGAUCACAUGGGUGAGCACCGUGAUGAUGAGCGGGAACUGGACCCCCUCUGUUCCAUCGCCUCCGUAUCCCUGGGGGCGGUCCGGGACUUUGUCUUCAGACAUAGGGAGUCACGGGGAAAACAGUGCCGACGGCAGAUCAACCCGGUGAAGCUGGAACUGGCCCACGGAAGCCUGCUCCUCAUGAACUCUCCCACAAACACCCACUGGUGCCACAGCCUGCCAGCCCGCAAGAGGGUCCUCACACCCCGCAUCAACCUUACCUUCAGACGCAUCCUCCAAGACGGCAAGAAAUGAGGGUCAGACAUGGUCCGUUGGGAGUCUCACUUCAUUGUGGCUGACGUCACGGGACGUACUAUCUAACCACUGUCCCCACUGCAAUAUUGAUUCAACUAGUUUUUGAAUUUGUUCAUGGUCCAAUUCAUAAAAAUCAGUCAUGUGGUAACUCUUUACUUAUAGAUUCUUUAUUUUCAUAAUUGUAUCUAUGAAAACAAUCAACUUCUUCACAGAUCUCACACACACAAAUCUUCAAAAUAUACAUUAGUGCAAAUUGAUCAGAAAAUGGGUAAGAGGGAUAUUUAGAGGUUGCAUCCUAAUUCAAUACUAGGAGAGUAAAUGGCAGUAUUUAAAACACAACUAGUAUGCUUGUUGAGCAUUACACUUAGAUUGUGUAGUUGUACACACUGCCACCACAACUUUAAACACUGUGGUAAAUUUGUUACAUUGCUAUCAAUUCCAAUGCUCUAUAAAAGAGUUGUAAAACUAUCAUGUUGCUUCAAUAUCAUUUAGGAACAAAAAUAACAAUAUACACAUUAGCUUGAUACCAUGAGAUCUUGUGCAACAACUGCAGAAAUGAUUCUACAUGAAAGUAAAUGGUCUGCAGACAUGUGGAGCUAGACUACAAUCCAAACCACCUGCAUGUUAUUACAGUAUUCUGAAUUUGUUACACACGUAGAAAAAUGUAAUAUACAGCAGCUUAUAUACAAUGUCAAUUGAAACAUUGCAUUAUUUUAAUUAAACCUACAUUAAGAUAUGAGUGAUUAUUUCCAGACUGAAAUAGCUGAAGACAGUGAUUACAUAUCAAGUACCUCCACAUUUCCUAAUCUAGUAA